AUGGAGGACGUUCGUAGUCUUAGUAUUAUAGGCCAGUAUACUUUCGACAAGAAUUCCUUUGGUUAUGAUCGCUUAGGCGAGAUUGCCCAGGUUGCUGAGCAUGCGUUGUCCGUCGAUGCAACAAAUGUUGUACGUCACGAUCUCGAGAAGCAGGAUGAGGUUAAUGACAUUUUGAGUCAAGAACUUGGUCCUGUAGACCUGACCCAGCAAUAUCCACCUCCCGAACCUCUGAGGCGUUCGCGCAGGUCUCAACGUGGGUGUGGGAGGCGAGAGGCAAUCACUCCCACUCAGCCACAUCAGUCCUCUCACCAUCAGCAGUCUCAUAUCCUCUUCACUCAGUUUUCAUCCCAUCAGUCUCCACACCAUUCUCUACAGCAUUCAUCCCAUCAGUCUCCACAUCAUUCUCCACAUCACUCUUUACACAGUUCAGUUUCGCCGACCCAACAGGCAUUUUAUCGUCCCAUUAUGUCUCCCCAGCACCACCAGUCCCAUUUUGCCUUCACUCAGUUUUCCUCCCAUCAGCCUUCUCAGCCUCAGUUUGGAGAUUGCUUUAUUGACCUUUCUAGGUUCCAGCAAAGUUCUCUAGAUGGCCAGUCGUUGCAUUACACGAGUAACUUUCUUUCGAGUAUGUUCGAGGGUAUUGCAGGUCAGGGUUAUCAGCGCCAUGAGGAGCAGGGACCGAGUCAAAAUCUAGAGACUCCACCGUUGGCUUUGAGUAAAGGCCAGAGAGGGACAAAGGAGCCCGAUAGAUUGACUUAUAGCCAUUUUCGUGCAAAAAAGUUCAAGAAGAAGUAG